AUGUGUGACAUAGUAGAGUACUUAGAGGAGUUUCAGGAGAAACCGGAGGAGGUAAACGAAAUGGAAGAGGCAGAGGAAGAGGAGGAGGAGGUUGAAGAGGAAGAAGAAGAACAAGAAGUGGAAGCACAGGAGGAGGAAGAACAUGAAAAAGAGGCAGAGGAGGAAACCAAGCCCAAACCUAAGUUUGUUCCCAACAUUACAGCACCAAAGCUGCCUGAUGGAGAGAGGGUGGACUUUGACGACCUCCACCGCAAGCGCUUGGAGAAAGACUUCAAUGAACUUCAAGGUCUCAUUGAGCACCACUUCAGCAACAGGCAGAAGGAGGAGGAUGAACUUGUGACUCUGAAGAACCGCAUCGAACGGCGCCGGGCUGAUCGUGCCGAGCAGCAGCGGACCAGAGCCGAGCGAGAGCGAGAGAAGCAGGCACACCUAGCCGAAGAGAGGGCGCGGCGUGAGGAGGAAGCAGCCAAAAUCCGUGCGGAAGAAGAUGUCAGGAAGAAGAAGGUCCUCUCCAAUAAGGGCUAUGGAGGGUACUUGCAGAAAGUGGAUCAGAAGAAAGGCAAGAGGCUGACGGAACGCGAGAAGAAGAACAAGGCGCUUUUGGAGCGUCGCAAGCCCCUCAACAUCGAUCAUCUGAACCAAGAGAAGCUGGGAGAAAAAGCUCUGGACCUGUGGAAGUGGCUCUGUGAACUCCACGCAGAGAAGUUUGACCUGGCGGAGAAGCUAAAGAGGCAGAAGUAUGACAUCAAUGUUCUGCGUAAUCGCGUUACUGACCAUCAACGGGGAGCCAAGACAACUAAGAGCGCCAGGAAAUCCUGGAAGUAA